AUGACUGAAACAAAAUUAACUGGUGAAGUAAGCAAAGUUGAUCGAUCAGUUGAUCGAUUAAAAACAUGUCCAUUAUUAUUACGUGUAUUUUGCAAUAAAAAUCGUCAUCAUUUAGCUAGGGAAUAUGAACAUGAACAUACACCAGAAAAUGAACUUCAAAUUUAUACAUGGAUGGAUGCAACAUUAGGAGAAUUAACAAAAUUAAUUAAAGAAGUUAAUCCAGAUGCACGUCGUCGUGGUACACAAUUUUCAUUUUCAAUUGUUUCAGCUGAUGAUUCACAUAAUCGUUAUUAUCUUACGGAUAUUGGAAAAACUGAAAAUAGUCCACGAAGUACAGAUGAUAAAAUACAAUUAAGAAGUACACGUUUUCGAAUAGGUGAUUAUCUUGAUGUUGCUAUUAUUCAAAAGAGACAAGAACAAGCAACAUCAAAUCCACGACGUGAUCGACCUAUUCAACAAUCAUCGGAUGAUAAUAAUAAUAAACGACGUAGUGGUCCUAUUAAUGAAAGAAAUGGUGGUGGACCUGUUCGAUCGGCUCCACGAAAUGAUCAUCGUGAUCGUCCUUAUUAA